GAUCUCAGCUCUUUUGCCAUGCCAUUCUUGGACGGUGAUGUGGAGAACGCAGACAAAAAUGCUUCUCGCAAGGUGGAAGAAAGCUACUCUGCAGGCAGUCCUUCGAAAGGCAUUUUCUCAAAAGGGCUCCAGAACCGACCUUCCAGCCCUGUUUCUGCCCCUGUGAGAUCCAAACAUAGCCCUGGCUCACCCAAAACUGUCUUCCCCUUCCCCUACCAGGAGUCUCCCCCACGCUCCCCACGUCGAAUGAGCUUCAGUGGGAUCUUCAGGUCCUCCUCCAAAGAGUCCUCCCCCAAUUCUAACCCGUCUACCUCUCCUGGGGGCAUCAAGUUUUUCUCCAGAUCAAGAAAAACCUCUGGCCUCUCCUCUUCUCCAUCUACCCCAACACAAGUGACCAAGCAGUCCACGUUUCCUCUUGAAUCCUAUAAGCAUGAGCCUGAGAGACUAGAAACACGGAUUCACUGUUCUUCUCCUCCGGACACAGGGCAGAGAUUUUCUUUGCCUCCAUCCCAAAGCGCAGCCAAGCCUCCUAUAAUGACACCAUCUCCCUGUGCUACCUCAAAACCAGAGCAGAUGAGAAGGCUAGCAGCCAAGGAGAGCAGAUCAAAAAGAAAUUCACAGCGUGAGCUGCAGGGUUUUGAGUUCCUGCUGCCUCAGGAGUCUGAGAUCACUGGGACAACUGCAGUCUGCAAUUCUUCUCCAAGGCAUUCCAAAGAGAAGAAUUCUGAGGGGGAAGCUGCAGUAGGAAAGUGUGGUGAUAAAGGUGUGAGUAGAACUGAAGGUAUCUAUGCAGAAGAUCUGAAGAAUGGCUUCAGGAAUGCUGUGGAAGUUUUGCUUUCAUAUAUGGACAACAGGAUCGGUAGGAAGUCCAGCUUCAGAAUGAGAACAGAAUUUCCCUGGAUACCUGUGCCUAUGGCCAUUUCUGGGUAUGCAGUGAAAGUUGUGGAGAGCCUCUGCUUCAGUCAGCAUGGGAAAGGGACUUGGUCUGCAGUGGAUUUCACAGCUGCUGGACUACAGCCUUGCUUGUCACAGCAGUUAGAAGCACUUGAAGAAUCGGAAAGUGACAUUUAUGUGCGAUUCAUGAGGUCACACAAGUGUUAUGACAUUGUUCCAACAAGCUCUAAGCUUGUUGUUUUCGACACUACGCUACAAGUAAAGAAGGCCUUUUUUGCCUUGGUGGCAAAUGGUGUGAGAGCAGCUCCACUGUGGGAGAGUAAAAAACAGAGUUUUGUAGGAAUGUUAACAAUUACAGAUUUCAUUAACAUACUGCAUAGAUACUAUAAAUCUCCAAUGGUUCAGAUCUAUGAAUUGGAGGAGCACAAAAUAGAAACCUGGAGGGAACUUUAUUUACAAGAGACGUUCAAACCUUUAGUGAACAUCUCCCCAGAUGCAAGCCUUUUCGAUGCUGUAUAUUCAUUGAUCAAAAACAAAAUCCACAGACUGCCAGUUAUAGAUCCCGUCAGUGGAAAUGCACUUUAUAUACUUACCCAUAAAAGAAUCCUCAAGUUCCUCCAGCUUUUUAUGUCAGAGAUGCCAAAGCCUGCCUUUAUGAAGAAGAAUCUGGAUGAACUUGGAAUAGGAACUUACCACAACAUUGCCUUCAUACAUCCAGACACUCCUAUCAUUAAAGCCUUGAAUAUAUUUGUAGAGAGAAGGAUAUCGGCUUUACCUGUUGUGGAUGAGUCAGGAAAAGUUGUAGAUAUUUAUUCCAAAUUUGACGUAAUAAACCUUGCUGCUGAAAAAACCUAUAAUAACCUAGAUAUCACGGUGACACAAGCCCUACAGCACCGUUCUCAGUAUUUUGAAGGUGUUGUAAAGUGUAGUAUGCUGGAAACACUGGAGACCAUUGUUGAUAGGAUAGUGAAGGCUGAGGUUCAUCGUUUGGUGGUAGUGAAUGAAGCAGAUAGCAUUGUGGGUAUCAUCUCCCUUUCUGACAUUCUACAGGCUUUGGUACUCACACCAGCAGGUGCCAAACAAAAGGAGAAUGAAAGUGAAUGACUGCUGUGAAUGUAUAAACGUUUGUAGGAGAACUUGAACAAAGUUUCUGGGUCAAGUUUGUCUCGAGAACAGUGACUGCAAUAGAACAGAGCAGGAUGGUUGAGAAUGUGUUUUGGGACUUAGUGAUGGAUGAUGAGUCUAUUCCCCCCCAGUGAUGUCGCAAAAAAACAAAGCAGCAUGACAAAAGCUUAUGUUACAAUGUAGGCUUGUAUUUUCAAAACGUCUUCAGAACAUUUGCUGGAAGACUUCACACGAUGUCCUUCAUUAAAAUGCACUGUAUUCUGAAACUUUUUCAUUUUGUAUUUGACAGAAGUCACUGGUCAGCAAUGGAUAUAUGUGACAUAAGGCAAGUGUAUGGCAUAUUCAUAUCAUAGUGCCUUAUGUCAAAAUACAGCAAUAUGUCAUCACUGUUGCCCAUCACUGUCAAAGGAAGUAUUGUGUUAAAUGAGACACUGUAUUUGAAUGUGAAAGUCUUUAAACCUAAACCAAAUCAGUUUCAGUUCUCAUUAGACUUGUCAUAAAAGCUGUAAUUUGAAUAUCAGUAGACUUCUUUAAAACUUUAAUGACAGUUUUGUGUUAAAUGUCGCAUUCUGAACCGAGAUGUAAAACGAGACUGAUUUUAAAAACAGCUUUAUUUAUUUUUACUUUCAUGACAAUUUUUUACACAUCUUUGGUGGAUAGCUAAAAUUUCACCAUAUCCAUUAAUAAACUGUUGAUUGUUAUACAAACCAGUGGCAGAUUUUCUCAUUAUUUACAACGUUGGAGUUGUAGGGCUGUUGGUCAGUCAUGUGAGUUGAGUUGGAGAUUCCAGCAGUGCUCUGUACUGUACUGUGCAGGCACAUGUGGGAAAGGACGUGCCAGAGAACCAGACUUUCCACUGCGUUGAAGUGUAAAAUGAUGUCUGCGCGACUAAAAUGCAACUCUGUAUUGUAUGUGAUUUGUACAGAAGCCGAGGAGCGAGGAAGGCCGUGGGGUUUUGCUGAUGUAAAUGUACUGUAACAUUUGAUGAUGAGAUUUUUAUAAUUGUAGAUGGAAGAAAUUAAACCCUCCAACAUCCGUU